ACUCCGUGUACGGAGUCAGUCAACCCGCCGCCGGCGUCCAGGCAAGACGGUUCUUUCGUGUAGAAUAUUCUUAUCUCACUCAUUCACUUGUCUUCGUGAUAAAGACAGAAAAAGAGGGAGUGGGAGAGAGAGAGAGAGAGAGAGAGAGAGAGAGAGAAAGAAAGAGAGAGAGAGAGAAAGAGGAGAGAAAGAGAAAAAGAACAAUCGUAAAAUAAAAAUCGAAGUAAUCCUUCGAAAUACUAUUUUUUUUGCCAAAACAAGCCAAAUAGAAUUUCGUUCUCUUCGAUAUUCCUAUUAUUCGCGCGCGCACAGAUCGCGAGUGAACUCUCAAAGAGUAAGAAGGAAAGUAAACCCAUAGUCUGAUGCGCUAUACCGUCACCUUCGACCUUUCCUACGGCGAUCCGUGGAACUCGUCGUGGAGAUUUGAGUGCCGUGUGAGUGCGUCGUCGUAACGAUGACGAUGACGCGAACGGACGCGCGUUUCCGCGUAUAGCCGAGCGGCGCGCCGCUCAUAAAAGAGAAGAUCAAAAAAAAAAAAAACAGAGAAAAGGAAAAGAAAACAAACUGAAAAAAAAACUUUCCUCUUUGUCCUUGAAAUUUAUAUUUUGAACUCGUCUAUUAAAUCGAUUCUCUAACGGCUACCUGUAAUAAAAUAACAUUUGAUUGUUCGAAAAUAAUUUUGAAAAAUCAAAAAAUUUAAACAACUUUCGUUGAAAGGAGGAAAAAGAAAAGAAACAAAAGGAAGAAAAUGGAGGACGAAUUGAGAUGUCCUUGUUGCAAAGAACUAUUCACGGAGCCAGUUUUGUUGCCCUGUUGGCACGCUCUGUGUCUCUCGUGCGCUGUUAAUCUUCAAGCACCACCCGACUCACCACCCGAAUCGACAACAGACUCCUCAAAUGCUCCUUGCUCCGAUCAAGAAGCCGACAAAUUGUCAAUACUCUCGGAAACGGAUUCGGGCGUCGUCUGCGGUAGUACUUCGACUAGUUCACGACCUGGAAGUUACGUUGGUACACCCGGGAACGGUGGUUUCCCACCAUCCGGAGGAACCCUUUGUCUAUCUUGUCCUGUAUGUCGUAAAACGGUCUACUUCGACGAGGGUGGUGCUCAUAAUUUGCCCAAGUAUAGGGCUAUGCAACGUAUCGUUGAAAAGUAUCAAGAAUCGAGGAACGCAAGAAUGCAAUGCCAGAUGUGCGAGGGCGAACCCCGUGAAGCUACCGUCGCUUGCGAGCAAUGCGAGGUACUGUACUGCGACGCCUGCAGAGAAUCUUGUCAUCCAAAACGUGGUCCCUUGGCGACUCACAAUCUUGGACCACCGCGAGGCAGCUGGCAAUCUAGCAGUGGCAAAGGUUCUCGUGGAUCUGAAGGUACUCCAGUUUGCAACGAUCAUAAUGGCGAGGCCGUUUCUCUCUAUUGUGCACUCUGCAAAAUCGCAAUUUGUGGGCUUUGCCUUCGAGAUCGACACGCUGCUCAUCCACAUGAUGUUCUGCCAUUAGCAGCCGCCUGCAAAGCACAAAAGACGGAGCUAUCGCAAAAUUUACAACAGCUAUCAGAGCGUGCUCGUUCCACGACGGAAUUCAUUCAGAGGCUCAAAGGAAUGACAGACAAAGUACAUGAGGAAUGCGUGGCAUUGGAAGAAGAAGUGGAAGACCGUGUUGCAAAUUUGGUGAAUCUUCUCCAAGCAAGAAAAUCACGAUUGAUCGAAGCUGCGCGACAAACUCGUGAAGCCAGGGUUCGUUCAUUGAGGGAUCAAGUCACGAGAUGUGCAACUCACCUUCAAGCAACGACGGCACUUUUAACAUUUUGUAUUGAGGCUUUGAAGGAGACAGACAGUGCAGCUUUUCUCCAAAUAGGCGGAAUGUUAUCCGUUAGAGCUGCCAAUGCUGCAGGUUCUUGGGGUGGUGCCGAGGGUGUCCAAGAGAUCGCUCGUCUUCCUCUUCUUGAUCUUACCCUCGAUGAUAAACCUUUAAGACGAGCUAUCGAUCAACUAACCUUCGUUCAACUCAAACCUUCCGAAGGAGAAGAACGAUAUCCUACGGCAGCACCUGGAGCACCUUUAUUGAUUCCGGAGGAAUGCAGUGCCGAAAACAACAGCGUUACAGUCGCUUGGCAGCCACCUCCUGGACACGGAGUUAUGGGUUGUGCCGGUCAAAGAGGUCCAGCCAUCGAAGGAUACCUUCUCGAACUUGAUGACGGCUGUGGAGGAGAGUUUCGGGAAGUGUACUGCGGACGAGAGACCAUCUGCACCGUCGACGGGCUGCACUUCAACUCGUUGUACAACGCAAGGGUGAGGGCAUUCAACAGCGCCGGAGAGGGCGAAUACUCCGAGCUGAUCGGCCUUCAGACCGCGGAGGUGGCGUGGUUCUCGUGGGCUACCGGUGCUACUGGGAUACCGCAGGAAGUUUCGAUUUCCGAGGACGCAAUGAGCGCAUCCUGCGAGGGUUACGAGCAUCGUGUGGUUCUCUCUAGCGUUGGAUUUUCUAGAGGCGUACAUUACUGGGAGCUGACCAUCGAUCGAUAUCACAGUGACACCGAUCCUGCCUUCGGCAUCGCUAGAGCUGACGUCGUACGUGAUCAAAUGCUUGGUAAAGACGACAAGGGCUGGAGCAUGUACAUAGACCGUCAACGAUCCUGGUUCAUGCAUGGUGGUGGUCACGCUCAGAGAACGGAGGGUGGUGUGCAACAAGGCUCGACUGUAGGUGUUCUCUUGGACCUGGAUACUACCCAUACAUUACGUUUCUUCGUAAACGAUCAAGCCCAAGGUGGUGUGGCUUUUCGUGAUCUCUAUGGUGUCUUCUAUCCAGCCGUCAGUCUUAAUCGUGGUGUCACAGUCACUUUACACACUGCUUUGGACGUACCUCGACAUUUACUGGCACCUCACGACGAUUACCUUGGCGAUAUCGUCCAAAGCUAGGGGUACCUAAAUGUUCUGAAGAAGAGCUUGUUCCAAGAAAUGGCUUCGGCCGUUCCUUAUAACAUCUUUGAGCGUGGCACCAAGGAUUCGGAUGGUUCUACACAGGUCCAAACGCUCGAGAGUAUCAUCGAAGAAAGCUUCUGCGAAGCUAACUGUGGCUGAUAAACCGAAAUGAUUCCUCGGAGGAUUCAACUUGACUCGCUACGUUAUUUCUCUCGGAAGAGAAAUCGCGCGAAAACUUUUUCGGACCUUCGAUGUGUUCUUCUUCAAGAUCAAUGUUCUCUUAUUAUCUUUUCUUUUUUUUUUCUUCUCUUUUCUUUUUUCUUUUUUUAUUUUUUAUAUCGAGUACGUGCGUCAGAUUUUCUCUCGACGGAUCAAAAAUGGUAGGGAGGAAAGAAACAAUACAGCGCGUAACUUUUAUCUUCGGACCUGGGAGCAAACGAAGUCACGACUUUUUCCGAGGAUUGUCAAAUGUACACGAGUUUGACACGUCGAAUUUCGAAAUUAUUAAUCGCGAAACGUUCGACGAUUUUUCUACCCGGGUCCUAACUUUAUCCAUAUCGAGACGAUUUAUAAAUGUAAUGGUAUGUAUAGACGUUUAAGCUCAAUAAAAAUAUAUGAUAGAGCGUAUUUCGAAAGAAGAGAGAAAGAAGAAUAGCAAAAACUUUCUCAGCUUACGAAUAAAGAUGCGAGUUAUACGUUUUCUAGUCUCCCUAUAGGAUUCACAUCGUCCCUGCCUCAUCGUUGCAUUCUUGUCGUCAUUUUCAAUGAAACGAUAUAUCAUGCGUUCGUAAAAUCGAUGAAACAUCUACAAUGAUUCGCUGAGCCAUGGAAAUUCGAGUUUUUAGAUGGUCCGAUAAAAAACAAAAAGGAAAAAAAAGCUAAAAAAAAAAAAAGAAGAAACCAAAAAAAAAAAAACAAAAAAGCUUUCGACUUGACUUAAAUCUUUUAUCACUUUAAAGCUACCCUCUCGAUUUCGAAGGAAACCAGGAACGAAGAGAAGAACAUUUAGGAUAUAAAACAAUCGAUCAUGCUUUUUUAACGCAUUUUUAACACGUUGAGUACCGUAAGUGAUAAUUGUCUAUCCGAUUUUCAGACAUUUCCGAGAAUGUAAUAAUAAAAAGAUUAAAAUGUGUGUAGUCUGAAAAAGAUGAUAAUACAUUUUCCAGUGUUUUUAUUUCCAUAAACAAAAUUAAAAAGAAAAAAAAGAAAAAAAAAAAAAGAAAAAAAAAAAGAAAAAAGAAUUAGACGUUAUACAUACAUAUCUCUAUAUAUUUAUAUAAAAUCAAUAUGGCAUUCAACGUAUUCACAUGAUUUAAUGAAUGUUUUCGAUAUAAAAUGAUAUAAUUAAAGAAAUAUAAGUACUCUACGAAGCGGAGUAUAAACAUUUAAAGAAAAAAAAAGAAAAGAAAAUCAUACGAAAGAUCAAUAAGAAACUUUCAACAUUCGUUGCAAUCGGCUUCAAUCACGUGUUGUCCCUUUCCUAUAUAUCCUUUUUUUUUAUCAAUUUGUAUAUCAAUGUCUAAGGACGGAAAUAAGAAGCGUAUCGAUCACGGAAUUCGAACGUUUUAACGAUUUUUCAAGAGAAAAAUACAUUCGUGUUUCAUGCGUCUUUGAUAAGGGAGCAUUGUAUAUAGAUGUAUAUAAAAAAGCAUCGAUUAUAUAGCCGAUGAAAAGAGGAAAAAAAAAAAAGAAUUGUAACGUUUUCGACUGUAUUCGACCAAUAAAAUGCAGAAAAAAAAAGAAAUAAAAAAAAUAACAAGGAAUGAAACAUAAGAAACAUCGAUAUAGAGAGAGAAAGAGAGAGAGAUAGAGAGAUAGAGAGAGAGAGAGAGAGAGAGAGAGAGAGAGAGAGAGAAAGACAAAAAGAGAAAGAGAAAAAUAGAGAGAUAGAGAUAAAGAUAGAGAGCAUCUCGAAGCGAAUACAAACUCGAAUGUAUAUGCAUCAUGCUUUCAACCCUUUCUUAGUUUCCAGAUUCUUCUCUCUUUCUUUCUUUCAACCCUUUGCGAAGCCCUAAGUCGCUUCCUGAACCCUUCCAAAAGUUCUCGCCAUCGGUUUCACCGACGUCGGCUGUUGAAGUUCUGGACUAUACCAGAGAGGAGAAUAUAGAGAAAGAGAAAGACAAAGAGAAAGAGAGAAAGAGAGAGAGAGAGAGAGAGAGAGAGAGAGAGAGAGAGAGAGAGAAUUGUAGGGAGAAGUUUCCUUUUCGAUGAUAUCACAGCUGCUUGCAAAAUCGUAUACCUCGAAUUCUUGGGGUGAAGAGGGGUGAAGAGGGAUGAAAGAAAGAAAGAAAAAAAGAAAGAGAGAAAGAGAGAGAAAGAGAAAGAGAUUUGAUUUAUGACGAACGGUUCGCUUUUACUCAGCGCAAUUAGUACGAACAGGUCUUACUUUCUUAACGAUACUGAAUCUUUCUUUCUUUCUCCCUCUUCUUUCUCUCUCUCUCUCUCUCUCUCUCCCUUUUUCUCUCUCUCUCUCUCUCCCUUUCUCUCUCUCUCUCUCUCUCUCUCUCUCUUUCUCUUUCUUUUUGUUUCUACGAGCUUCUCUUUUGCAGAAAUAUCAAGUUUAUUGACUAAAGAAUCUCUCGUUAAAAAGACUGAAAAUCAGAAGUUACUUUCUUUUCUUUUUCCUUUUUUCUUUUUUCUUUUUCUUUUUUUUUUUUUUUUUUUUUUUUUUAAUGUUCUCACAGAACAAAGAUCCUAGAGAUAUUAUAAAGAUUGCAUAGUUUAUUCUAAAAAUAGAAAUUCUCAACGUAGUAAGGCAAAAUGUUUCGAAGAAGAAAAAAGAGAAAGAUAUUAAAAAGCAGGUAUUGAUAUUAAAAAAUAAUAAUUAUUGAAACAUCGAUAUAUCUAUCUAGAUUAUUAUUGCGUUAAUCAAUAAGCAAUGUUGGAAUUUUCAGUGUUUUAUAUUUAAAUAAAUAACACUAAUAUUUUACUGAUAAUUCCGAGAUUACUUAUUGACCAAUCUAAUUAUUAUAUACAAACAAUAUAUAUUAUAUUAUAUAUUUUAUAGAUAUAAAGUACUGAAAAUUUCGAUGCUGAUCAAUCUAAUAAUUUGCAAUAUAACAAAUAACAAUUAUUAUUGAUUCAAUGUACAUACUUGCUUGAAAGCAAUUAAUCGAACAAUUAUUAAAACUUUUAUAAGGAGCAUAUAAACAUCUUUUAAAUUAAUGUAGAAUUUCGAUGUUAAUGAUCGGUACAUGUAAAUAUAAAAAGUAACAUAUAGUUACAAAUUUUAAGUUCAAAAAUUUUUCUUCAGUAUAUAUUCAAACGAUAACGUAAUACCUAAAAGCAGCGGUCAGGAACAUGGAUUACUUCCUAUUCUAAUACGGGUCUUGUCAAUAUCAAAAAUCGUUUUCCGAUUGAAACUAUUGAUUUAUUCUUUGGUAAUCGUUCUAUUUUUCAUUCUAAAAAUAUAAAAGUAUUCUUUCAACUGCGAUAUCGAUAUCACAGAAACAUACGGAGAUCUAUAAAACGAUAGCAACCUUGUGGGAAAAGAAAAUGUAUCAUCGCCAGAAGAAGGAUUUUACAAAAGGAUAAGUAUUUUUUUUUAUUACUUUACUUUCGAAUAAAAUGAUAUUUAUUUAAUCAAAAUAAUAAUCGAUAUCAGAAAUAUACACAAGACGAUCGUGUACGUAAGAUCGAAGAUAAUCUAAC